AUGGCUGACGUAGAAGAGUUUGAAGAGAAUGAGUCGAAGCCCGGCGAGGAUCAGGCCAACGGUGUCAGCGAGCGGAAAAUGAGAUCACUGUUGAAGAAGCAAUUAGUCGACGAUGCCAGCGUGGCGGCUUUUGCUCAACUCGGAUCUUCGUUCUUCGCUGCUGCACGGGCACGUCUGGGCGAUUCGCGAGAUGAAUCUGGUGCACCGACGGCGGAGUCUGUGCGGACGAGGCACCAACGCCUCGCACAAGAUGCCAGGUUGGCUGCAGGACGCGGGCAGUGGGAUCUGAGGGACAGGCAGCCGAGUCGACCGAGCGAAGACGGUGAAGCAGUGCAGGCAGAGCAGGAAGAGCAAGCUCGAGUGGAAGCAGAGCGCCUUGCAAGACUGUCGAGAUUGGAUGCCAAGCGAAAGCGCCUGCAGGGUGGGGAAGGCCCAGGCGAAGACCACGAAAGCAAGGCAUCAGGUGGUGUUCGACGACCCCGGCUGUCUUUUGCCGGUGAGGAGGACGACUUCUAG